CGGCGGGCGCAGAGCAGCGGGCCGCGGCGCAGAGCGGCCGGAGCGCGGCCCGCCAUGGGCUUCCUGCACCAGCUGCAGCUGCUGCUCUGGAAGAACGUGACGCUCAAGCGCCGGAGCCCGUGGGUCUUGGCCUUCGAGAUCUUCAUCCCGCUGGUGCUCUUCUUCAUCCUGCUGGGGCUGCGGCAGAAGAAACCCACCAUCUCUGUGAAGGAAGUCUCCUUCUACACGGCAGCGCCCCUGACGUCUGCCGGCAUCCUGCCCGUCAUGCAGUCCCUGUGCCCGGACGGCCAGCGGGACGAGUUCGGCUUCCUGCAGUAUGCCAACUCCACGGUCACACAGCUGCUGGAGCGCCUGGACCGCGUGGUGGAGGAGGGCAACCUGUUCGACCCAGCGCGGCCCAGCCUGGGCUCGGAGCUGGAGGCCCUGCGCCAGCACCUGGAGGCUCUCAGCGCCAGCCCGCAGGCCUGGGGGAGCCCCUCGGACAGACCUGCAGUGUCCUCCUUCUCUCUGGACUCGGUGGCCAGGGACCCUCGGGAGCUCCGGCGCUUCUUGAUGCAGAACCUGUCACUGCCCAACAGCACAGCUCAGGCCCUCCUUGCCGCCCGGGUGGACCCGCCUGAGGUCUACAGCCUGCUCUUUGGCCCUUCUCGGACCCUGGAUUCUGAGUCUGGCCUCCCCAGGGGCCAGGAGCCCUGGAGCCGCCUGGGUGGCCAUCCCCUGCUCCGGAUGGAGGAGCUGCUGCUGGCCCCUGCCCUCCUGGAGCAGCUCACCUGUGCACCGGGCUCCAGGCAGCUGGGUCAGAUCCUCGCAGUGCCCGAGGGUCAGGAGACGGCCCUGCAGGGCUACCGGGACGCCGUCUGCAGCGGACAGGCUGCAGCUCGUGCCCGGCGCUUCUCUGGGCUGGCUGCUGAGCUCCGGAGCCAGCUGGACAUGGCCAAGAUUGCCCAGCAGCUGGGCCUGGACGCCCCCAACGGCUCGGAAGCCCAGCCGCAGGCACCACCUCCACGGAGGCUGCAGGCGCUUCUGCAGGACCUGCUGGAUGCGCAGAAGGUUUUGCAGGAUGUGGACGUGCUGUCGGCCCUGGCCCUGCUGCUGCCCCAGGGUGCCUGCACCGGCCGGGCCCCCGGGGCCCCAGCCAGCAGCCCGGGUGGGGCGGCCAAUGGCACCGGAGCGGGGGCAGGCGCAGGCUCGAACGCCACGGCCGAGGAGGGAGCCCCGUCCGCCGCAGCCCCGACCUCCCCCGACUCGCUGCAGGGCCAGUGCUCAGCCUUCGUGCAGCUCUGGGCCGGCCUGCAGCCCAUCCUGUGUGGCAACAACCGCACCAUAGAGCCCGAGGCGCUGCGGCGGGGCAACAUGAGCUCCCUGGGCUUCACCAGCAAGGAGCAGCGGAACCUGGGCCUUCUCGUGCACCUCAUGACCAGCAACCCCAAAAUCCUGUACGCGCCGGCAGGCUCUGAGGCGGACCGGGUCAUCCUGAAGGCCAACGAGACUUUCGCCUUCGUGGGCAACGUGACUCACUAUGCCCAGGUUUGGCUCAACAUCUCGGCCGAGAUCCGCAGCUUCCUGGAGCAGGGCAGGCUGCAGCAACACCUGCACUGGCUGCAGCAGUACGUGGCAGAGCUGCGGCUGCACCCGGAAGCCCUGAACCUGUCCCUGGACGAGCUGCCACCAGCCCUUCGCCAGGACAACUUCUCCCUGCCCAACGGCUCCGCCCUCCUGCAGCAGCUGGACACCAUUGACAACGCAGCCUGCGGCUGGAUCCAGUUCAUGUCCAAGGUGAGCGUGGACAUCUUCAAGGGCUUUCCCGACGAGGAGAGCAUUGUCAACUACACGCUCAAUCAGGCCUACCAGGACAACGUCACCGUGUUUGCCAGCGUGAUCUUCCAGACUCGAAAGGACGGCUCCCUGCCGCCCCACGUGCACUAUAAGAUCCGACAGAACUCCAGCUUCACCGAGAAGACCAACGAGAUCCGCAGAGCCUACUGGCGGCCGGGGCCCAACACUGGUGGCCGCUUCUACUUCCUCUAUGGCUUCGUCUGGAUCCAGGGUGAGGGGCCGGCCAGCCGGCUGCAGGUGGAGGUGGAGGUGGAGGUGGAGGUGGAGUGCGCCCCCAUGCCGGAGCCUUGCCCACGGCCGCGUGCACGCUGCCCACAGGUGAUGAAGACCAUGGGCCUGAACAACGCGGUGCACUGGGUGGCCUGGUUCAUCACGGGCUUCGUGCAGCUCUCCAUCUCCGUGUCCGCGCUCACCGCCAUCCUCAAGUACGGCCAGGUGCUCAUGCACAGCCACGUGCUCAUCAUCUGGCUCUUCCUGGCCGUCUACGCCGUGGCCACCAUCAUGUUCUGCUUCCUGGUGUCCGUGCUGUACUCCAAGGCCAAGCUGGCCUCGGCCUGCGGCGGUAUCAUCUACUUCCUGAGCUACGUGCCCUACAUGUACGUGGCGAUCCGCGAGGAGGUGGCCCACGACAAGAUCACGGCCUUCGAGAAGUGCAUCGCGUCCCUGAUGUCCACCACAGCCUUUGGCCUGGGCUCCAAGUACUUCGCCCUGUACGAGGUGGCGGGCGUGGGCAUCCAGUGGCACACCUUCAGCCAGUCCCCCGUGGAAGGGGAUGACUUCAAUCUUCUCCUCGCCGUCACCAUGCUGAUCGUGGACGCCGUCGUCUACGGUGUGCUGACCUGGUACAUCGAGGCCGUGCACCCAGGCAUGUACGGGCUGCCCCGGCCCUGGUACUUCCCGCUGCAGAAGUCCUACUGGCUGGGCAGUGGGCGGACGGAAGCGUGGGAGUGGAGCUGGCCGUGGGCUCGCGCCCCCCGCCUCAGCGUCAUGGAGGAGGACCAGGCCUGCGCCAUGGAGAGCCGGCGCCUUGAGGAGACGCGCGGCAUGGAGGAGGAGCCCACCCACCUGCCCCUGGUCGUCUGUGUGGACAAGCUCACCAAGGUCUACAAGGACGACAAGAAGCUGGCCUUGAACAAGCUGAGCCUGAAUCUCUACGAGAACCAGGUGGUCUCCUUCCUGGGCCACAACGGGGCUGGCAAGACCACCACCAUGUCCAUCCUGACCGGCCUGUUCCCUCCGACGUCGGGCUCGGCCACCAUCUACGGGCACGACAUCCGCACGGAGAUGGACGAGAUCCGCAAGAACCUGGGCAUGUGCCCACAGCACAACGUGCUGUUCGACCGGCUCACGGUGGAGGAGCACCUCUGGUUCUACUCGCGGCUCAAGAGCAUGGCCCAGGAGGAGAUCCGCAAGGAGAUGGACAAGAUGAUCGAGGACCUGGAGCUCUCCAACAAGCGGCACUCACUGGUGCAGACGCUGUCGGGCGGCAUGAAGCGCAAGCUGUCCGUGGCCAUUGCCUUCGUGGGCGGCUCCCGCGCCAUCAUCCUGGACGAGCCCACUGCUGGCGUGGACCCCUACGCGCGCCGCGCCAUCUGGGACCUCAUCCUCAAGUACAAGCCGGGCCGCACCAUCCUCCUGUCCACCCACCACAUGGACGAGGCUGACCUGCUGGGCGACCGCAUCGCCAUCAUCUCCCACGGCAAGCUCAAGUGUUGCGGCUCCCCGCUCUUCCUGAAGGGCGCCUAUGGCGACGGCUACCGCCUCACGCUGGUCAAGCAGCCCGCGGAGCCUGGGGGCCCCCAAGAGCCAGGGCUGGCCUCCAGCCCCCCAGGUCGGGCCCAGCUGAGCAGCUGCUCUGAGACCCAAGUGUCACAGUUCAUCCGUAAGCACGUGGCCUCCUGCCUGCUGGUCUCGGACACCAGCACGGAGCUCUCCUACAUCCUGCCCAGCGAGGCCGCCAGAAAGGGGGCCUUCGAGCGCCUCUUCCAGCACCUGGAGUGCAGUCUGGACAGCUUGCACCUGAGCAGCUUCGGGCUGAUGGACACGACGCUGGAGGAGGUGUUCCUCAAGGUGUCCGAGGAGGACCAGUCGCUGGAGAACAGCGAGGCCGAUGUGAAGGAGUCCAGGAAGGACGUGCUGCCCGGGGUGGGGGGCCCGGCGCCCGGGGAGGCUCCGUCCGGCAAUCUGGCCCGGUGCUCAGAGCUGGCUCAGUCGCAGGCGUCACUGCAGUCGGCGUCCUCGGUGGGUUCCGCCCGUGGCGACGAGGGAGCCGGCUACACCGACGUCUACGGCGACUACCGCCCCCUCUUCGACAACCCGCAGGACCCCGACAACGUCAGCCUGCAAGAGGCCGAGGCGGAGGCGCUCUCCCGGGUGGGCCAAGGCAGCCGCAAGCUGGAGGGCUGGUGGCUGAAGGCGCGGCAGUUCCACGGGCUGCUGGUCAAGCGCUUCCACUGCGCCCGCCGCAACUCCAAGGCGCUCUUCUCCCAGAUCCUGCUGCCGGCCUUCUUCGUCUGCGUGGCCAUGACUGUGGCCCUGUCUGUCCCCGAGAUCGGUGACCUGCCCCCCCUGGUGCUGUCGCCGUCCCAGUACCACAACUACACGCAGCCCCGCGGCAACUUCAUCCCCUAUGCCAACGAGGAGCGCCGGGAGGACCGACUGUGGCUGUCACCCGACGCCAGCCCCCAGCAGCUCGUGAGCACGUUCCGGCUGCCGUCAGGCGUGGGCGCCACCUGUGUGCUCAAGUCCCCGGCCAACGGCUCGCUGGGGCCCACGCUGAACCUGAGCAGCGGCGAGUCCCGCCUGCUGGCCGCGCGGUUCUUCGACAGCAUGUGCCUGGAGUCCUUCACGCAGGGGCUGCCGCUGUCCAACUUCGUGCCGCCCCCGCCCUCGCCCGCCCCGUCCGACUCCCCUGUGUCCCCUGAUGAGGACCCACUGCAGGCCUGGAACACCUCCCUGCCGCCCACCAUCGGGCCAGAGACAUGGACCUCGGCGCCCUCUCUGCCACGCCUGGUGCGGGAGCCCGUCCGCUGCACCUGCUCCGCGCAGGGCACCGGCUUCUCCUGCCCCAGCAGCGUGGGCGGGCACCCGCCCCAGGUGCGCGUGGUCACGGGGGACAUCCUCACCGACGUCACCGGCCACAACGUCUCCGAGUACCUGCUCUUCACCUCCGACCGUUUCCGGCUACACCGGUACGGGGCCAUCACCUUCGGCAACGUCCAGAAGUCCAUCCCGGCCUCCUUCGGCGCCAGGGCCCCGCCCAUGGUGCGGAAGAUCGCGGUGCGCAGGGCAGCACAGGUUUUCUACAACAACAAGGGCUACCACAGCAUGCCCACCUACCUUAACAGCCUCAACAACGCCAUCCUGCGCGCCAACCUGCCCAAGAGCAAGGGCAACCCGGCGGCCUAUGGCAUCACCGUCACCAACCACCCCAUGAACAAGACCAGCGCCAGCCUCUCUCUGGACUACCUGCUGCAGGGCACGGACGUGGUCAUCGCCAUCUUCAUCAUCGUGGCCAUGUCGUUCGUGCCAGCCAGCUUCGUGGUCUUCCUCGUGGCCGAGAAGUCCACCAAGGCCAAGCACCUGCAGUUCGUCAGUGGCUGCAACCCAGUCAUCUACUGGCUGGCCAACUACGUGUGGGACAUGCUCAACUACCUGGUCCCAGCCACCUGCUGCGUCAUCAUCCUGUUUGUGUUCGACCUGCCGGCCUACACGUCGCCCACCAACUUCCCCGCUGUCCUCUCCCUCUUCCUGCUCUAUGGGUGGUCCAUCACCCCUAUCAUGUACCCGGCUUCCUUCUGGUUCGAGGUCCCCAGCUCGGCCUACGUGUUCCUCAUUGUCAUCAACCUCUUCAUCGGCAUCACGGCCACCGUGGCCACCUUCCUGCUGCAGCUCUUCGAGCACGACAAGGACCUGAAGGUUGUCAACAGUUACCUGAAAAGCUGCUUCCUCAUCUUCCCCAACUAUAACCUGGGCCACGGGCUCAUGGAGAUGGCGUACAACGAGUACAUCAACGAGUACUACGCCAAGAUCGGCCAGUUUGACAAAAUGAAGUCCCCGUUUGAGUGGGACAUCGUCACACGCGGGCUGGUGGCCAUGACGGUCGAGGGCUUCGUGGGCUUCCUCCUCACCAUCAUGUGCCAGUACAACUUCCUGCGGCAGCCACAGCGCAUGCCCGUGUCCACCAAGCCCGUGGAGGACGACGUGGACGUGGCCAGCGAGCGGCAGCGAGUGCUUCGGGGCGAUGCCGACAAUGACAUGGUCAAGAUCGAGAAUCUGACCAAGGUCUACAAGUCCCGCAAGAUUGGCCGCAUCCUGGCCGUGGACCGCCUGUGCCUGGGUGUGCGUCCCGGCGAGUGCUUUGGCCUCCUGGGUGUGAACGGCGCGGGCAAGACCAGCACCUUCAAGAUGCUGACGGGCGACGAGAGCACGACCGGGGGCGAGGCCUUCGUCAACGGGCACAGCGUGCUCAAGGAGCUGCUCCAGGUGCAGCAGAGCCUCGGCUACUGCCCGCAGUUCGACGCCCUGUUCGACGAGCUCACGGCCCGCGAGCACCUGCAGCUGUACACGCGGCUGCGCGGCAUUCCCUGGAAGGACGAGGCCCGGGUGGUGAGGUGGGCGCUGGAGAAGCUGGAGCUGACCAAGUACGCGGACAAGCCGGCCGGCACCUACAGCGGCGGCAACAAGCGAAAGCUGUCCACAGCCAUCGCCCUCAUCGGGUACCCAGCCUUCAUCUUCCUGGACGAGCCCACCACAGGCAUGGACCCCAAGGCCCGGCGCUUCCUCUGGAACCUCAUCCUCGACCUCAUCAAGACGGGGCGCUCCGUGGUGCUCACGUCGCACAGCAUGGAGGAGUGCGAGGCGCUGUGCACGCGGCUGGCCAUCAUGGUGAACGGGCGCCUGCGCUGCCUGGGCAGCAUCCAGCACCUGAAGAACCGGUUUGGAGACGGCUACAUGAUCACCGUGCGGACCAAGAGCAGCCAGAGCGUAAAGGACGUGGUGCGGUUCUUCAACCGGAACUUCCCGGAAGCCGUGCUCAAGGAGCGACACCACACGAAGGUGCAGUACCAGCUCAAGUCGGAGCACAUCUCACUGGCCCAGGUGUUCAGCAAGAUGGAGCAGGUGGCAGGUGUGCUGGGCAUUGAGGACUACUCGGUCAGCCAGACCACGCUGGACAACGUGUUUGUGAAUUUCGCCAAGAAGCAGAGCGACAACCUGGAGCAGCAGGAGACAGAGCCGCCUUCGGCACUUCAGUCCCCUCUCGGCCGCCUGCUCAGCCUGCUCCGACCCCGGCCUACCCCCACGGAGCUCCGGGCACUCGUGGCGGACGAGCCCGAGGACCUGGACACCGAAGACGAGGGCCUCAUCAGCUUCGAGGAGGAGCGGGCCCAGCUCUCCUUCAACACAGACACGCUCUGCUGACGGCCAGGACUGGACAGGAACUCAACUGUGGGGACACAAGUCCGGCAGAGGCCAAGGCCUCCCCGCAUCCCUGGUGUGUGGGAGGUUCGGGAUCAGGGGCUCUGGCCCUCCUGCAGCCGCCACCCGUCCUUGGCCCUGCCCUGCGGUCGCUGCGGCCGCCUCCCCCAACCGUGCCAAAGGCUGGCCCAGCCCUGGGCUGCGCACACCCUCACCCUGCUUUGCCUUAAAGCCUCGGGGGCUGACCCGGCCCCCGCCCCUGCCCAGCUCUGCCCCCCCCAUGUGACGCGGCAGUACCAGGCACUGCCCGCCCCUCCCCCAGCCGCACCUGAGCCUGGCCGGCCCGGCCCCCCUAGCUGGCUCUUCUCCCCACCAAGGCGGGUGCGCUGCCCCAGGGCCCGGGGCUGGGGGCGUGGGGGGCUGUGUCUGUCCCACGCCCAGUCUGGGUUAGUCCCUCCUAUUUAUUUUGCUUCGAGAAGAGGCUCCCCUCACCCUGCUUCUGUGUGGGAAGGUGGCCGUCCAUGGGAAGCCAUCAGCUCGGUUGGGGCGGGGCUGCCUUGGCCAGCUGGCAGGUGGCAGGAAGGGAGAAGCUGGGCCUGCUGUCCAGCUGGGGGCCACCCCCCCACACACAGCUGCCUUCUCUCUCCCACCCGCCUGGGAGCUGGACUUGUACAAAGUGCACAGAUGUUUGUUUAAAUAAAUGGACAAAACGCC